AUGGCUGCCCUUCUUCUCCUUUUCCUUUUCCUCUUUGCAAGCUCUGCUCUCUGUCAAGAUUCAUUAAUCGGUGUGAAUAUCGGAACAGAAGUCACAGACAUGCCAAGUCCAACACAAGUAGUAACCCUCCUCAAAUCACAAAACAUCAACCGCGUCCGUCUCUACGACGCAGACCGCGCAAUGCUCCUAGCGUUUGCUCACACAGGCAUCCAACUCAUAAUCUCAGUCCCUAACGACCAGCUUCUCGGUAUCAGCCAGUCAAACGCAACCGCAGCUAACUGGGUCACCCGAAACGUAGCCGCUUAUUACCCCGCGACCAACAUCACAACAAUAGCUGUCGGAUCAGAAGUCCUAACCUCCUUACCAAACGCAGCUCCCGUCCUAGUAUCCGCCCUUAAGUACAUCCAAGCCGCUCUAGUCACAGCCAAUCUCGACCGUCAGAUCAAAGUCUCAACUCCACACGCUUCAACCAUUAUUCUUGAUUCUUUCCCUCCUUCUCAAGCCUUCUUCAACAAGACUUGGGAUCCAGUCAUCGUCCCUCUCCUCGAGUUUCUCCAGUCAACUGGCUCACCGUUAAUGCUCAAUGUCUAUCCUUACUUCGACUACGUUCAGUCUAACGGUGUUAUACCGUUAGACUACGCGUUGUUUCAGCCUCUCCAGGCUAAUAAAGAAGCUGUAGACGCCAACACGUUGCUACAUUACACAAACGUCUUUGAUGCCAUAGUAGACGCUGCUUACUUCGCAAUGUCUUAUCUCAACUUCACCAACAUUCCUAUAGUGGUUACAGAAUCUGGCUGGCCUUCGAAAGGAGACGGUCCGGAGCACGAUGCCACGGUGGAGAAUGCAAACACUUACAAUAGUAACUUGAUACAGCAUGUUAUCAACAAGACCGGGACACCGAAACACCCCGGUGUCCCGGUCGCUACGUACAUCUACGAGCUUUACAAUGAGGACACCAGGCCUGGACCUCUGUCUGAGAAGAACUGGGGGUUGUUCCAUACGAACGGGACUCCGGUUUACACGUUGCGUUUGGCUGGCGCGGGGGCGGUUUUGGCGAAUGAUACUACGAACCAGACGUUUUGUGUAGCUAAGGAGAAGGUUGAUAAGAAGAUGCUUCAGGCGGCUCUUGAUUGGGCUUGUGGUCCAGGGAAGGUUGAUUGUUCGGCGUUGAUGCAGGGUGAAGCGUGUUAUGAGCCUGAUGAUGUGGUUGCGCAUUCUAGUUAUGCCUUUAAUGCUUAUUACCAGAAGAUGAUGAAAGCUUCAGGGAGCUGUGACUUUAAAGGGGUUGCUACUGUUACAUCUACUGAUCCAAGUCGAGGAACGUGUGUGUUCCCUGGAAGUGCUAAAAGCAAUCAGACACUUGGACACAACACAACGGCGUUGGCUCCUUCAGCGAACUCAACAACCUCUGGCUGCUUCCAACACCCUCAAGCAUCUUUUGAUAACUUAACAUUCUUCUCCUUUUUACUGCUCAUUGCCUUAGUAUUCUUGUAG